CCAAAGCGCCGUCGCGUUGCCCCUCCCGGAUAUUUUUCGGAGACUGAAAGGCCCGGAAGACGGCGCCGUCGUUCCGUCGGGCGGUCCGACGCCCGGGGAUUCGGCGGCGUCCGGAAGGCGCCCCGGCGUCGCCCCUUCCCCCUUCCGGCCGAUUCGUCCGCCCGGAAGAGGAGGGAGCCGCGAGCGUUAUUCUUCCGAUCGACGUGGAGAAUGGUGGCCGAUCCUCCGUCCUCCUCCAAGUAUGGAGAGAGAGGUUCGGGCUUCAGAGUGAGGGGAUGGCCCCAAGACUAUCAGCGGCUGAAGGAGAAGUGUCUGAGAGAGGGAAGACUCUUCGAGGAUCCACAGUUCCCCUGCUCCGACUCCUCCAUCUUCUACAGUCGCGCUCCCCCUCGUCCCUUCGAGUGGAAGAGACCGCACGAAUUAUGCGACGCUCCGGAGUUUAUCGUGGAGGGCAUCAGCCGAUUCGACGUUGUCCAGGGAGAAUUGGGCGACUGUUGGUUACUGGCGGCGGUGGCCAACCUGACCCUCAACAAGGACCUGUUCCUGCGAGUGGUACCCGAGGACCAGUCCUUCGGCGACGGAUACGCCGGCAUCUUCCACUUCCGGUUCUGGCAGUACGGACGAUGGAUCGACGUGGUGAUCGACGACCGCCUCCCCACCUUCGCCGGAAAGUUGGUCUUCAUGCACUCCAGCGACAACACCGAAUUCUGGAGUGCCCUCUUGGAAAAAGCCUACGCCAAGUUACACGGGUCUUAUGAGUCGCUUAAGGGAGGAAUCACGUCGGAAGCCAUGGAGGAUUUCACCGGAGGAUUGGCCGAGAUCUACGAAAUGGACAAGAUUCCCCCCAACAUGUUCCUCGUCUUGCAUAAAGCAUUUCAGAGAAUGUCGCUGAUGGGAUGCGCUAUCGAGCCCGACCCCCGGAAUCCCGAAGCCAUUCUACCCACCGGUCUGGUGGCCGGACACGCCUACAGCAUCACUUGCGUCAAACUGGUGGAAGUGCAGACGCCGCGGGUGACGGGCAAAAUCGCUCUGCUGAGAAUAAGAAACCCUUGGGGAAACGAACAAGAAUGGAAUGGUGCCUGGAGCGACAAAUCUCCCGAAUGGACCGUGUUGAGCGACGAAGAAAAAGAAGAGAUCGGCCUGACUUUCUCCGCCGACGGAGAAUUCUGGAUGUCGUACAAGGAUUUCGUGAGGAACUUCAUGAAGCUGGACAUUUGCAAUCUGAGUCCCGAUUCGCUAAACGAAGAGAGCCUUCGAGACCUGUCCACCAGGAAGUGGGAGGCCAGCGCGUUCGAAGGGGCGUGGACAAAAAACUGCACCGCCGGGGGAUGUAGAAAUUACCUGGAAACGUUUGCCACCAAUCCUCAGUAUCGAGUGGUGUUGGAAGACGUGGACGAAGACGAUGACGAAGAGUUGUGCACGCUGAUCGUGGCCCUGAUGCAGAAGAACAGAAGAAGCCAAAGAAAGAUGGGAGCCGAAUCUCUCACCAUAGGAUUCUCCAUCUAUCACCUGAAGAAUCCGGAGUCUCUGCCCAAGCCGCUGCCCAAAGAGUUUUUCAAGUACAACGCCUCGGUGGCCCGCUCUCCCAGUUUCAUCAACCUGCGAGAAGUGGCAGCCCGAUUCAAAUUGCCUCCCGGCACCUACUGUGUGGUCCCUUCCACCUUCGAUCCCAACGAAGAGGGAGAAUACAUCCUCAGAAUCUUUACCGAAAAGAAAAACGACAGCAGCGAAUAUGACGAAGACAUCGACUUGCAGAAACCAGAACAGGAAAUUCUGGUGAAAAAACGUGGGAAGUUGCUCCAGCACGAAGAAGAAGAAGAAGAAGAGGAGGAGGUACAACAGCAGGAGGAGAAAGAACCGACCGAGAUCGACGAAUACUUUGCCAAGUUAGCGGGUGAAGAUUCCGAGAUCGAUUACGUCCAACUGAGAGAGAUCCUGAAUCACUUCCUGAAAGAAGAUUUCGAAUUCGAUGGUUUCACCGUGGAGGUGUGCAGGAGUAUGGUGGCCAUGAUGGACACGGACCUCUCCGGAAAACUGGGAUUCGAAGAAUUCCGCAAAUUGUGGUCCGACGUCCAGACUUGGAGGAGAGUGUUCCUGAGAUACGAUUACGACAGAUCUGGGUGUCUCAACACCAUCGAGUUGAGAGCCGCCCUCCAUUCCGCCGGUUAUCGGGUGAAUCUGCACGUUCUCCGCGUGUUGGCCCUGCGUUACGGACACGGAGGAAAGGUGUCCUUCGAAGAUUUCAUGAUGUGCGCCGUCAAACUCAAGUCUAUGAUCGAAUUCUUCCAACAUAAACAAACGGACGAUGGACAAGUCACCGUUUCCAAAGACGAGUGGAUGGUGACCACAAUGUACUGCUAGAUGUCUCUUCGUUCCUCCUAUUCGACGAUCGGACCUCCUCUUCUCUACUUCGAUUCUUUAACUUUCGAUCUCAUUGGCGCCCUUAUCUUCCGGGGACCAAAUUCCCGUCUGCACGUGUCUUUACGUUGUAUAUAAUCGGAAUUUUUCUUCGUUAUUCCUGUCGGAAAUUGGCCCGACGCCUUUAUAUAUAAUCGAUCGUAAAGCGUCCGUACUUAAGAGGGAGGGAGGGCCUUCGUCCUUCCUCCGUUUAUCCUAGACAGUGUUUUUUGUAAGUUUAAAAGAAUUCUAUUUUUGACUGGACAAGUUACCGUUUCAUCAAAUCUUAUUCUUGUAUAUAUACUCGAUGCAAAUAAAAUAUAGAAAAGUC